UUCUCUUUUCCUCUCCAGUAAUAAAACUGUGAAUUUGUGGAUAUAAAUCCCUAGAGGGAGGGAAGAUGAAAGGACAACUACAUAAAAGCCAAUGGCUCAGAUAAAGUAAUCUGGCUUUAUUGUACAGUGCAGUGUGGUUGGGAUGGGUGUGUGAGAGCAGAGAUGCUUUUGAAGGCAACUGAAGGAGAGGCAAGGACCUCUUAGGACAGUGGUACCCUAUCAUGAAAAUGGAUUGUCAGUGAUUAUUAACGUGUCCUUUCCUUCUUGUGUCUUACAGUGAGGGGGUCUUCAAGUGCCCAGAGGACCAGCUGCCCCUGGACUAUGCCAAGGUACGAUUAAAACCCACUUACCCACUUUCUCACAUGUCCCAGACAGUCCCACCCAUUCAAGUUUGAAUACGAUAUGUGUGCCAGUUAAGCAAUACUUAAGCCUACAACCAUAGUUAAGCCUACAACCAUAGUUAAGCCUACAACCAUGCCACAAUCAACAGAAUUCACCCUCACUUUCUGAUGUGCUCCUUCUUACAAAAUCAUGUCUCCGGGCUACCCAGUAACACACUGAUUAUGAAUGUAGAUCUGUGUGUUGUACCACGUCCUGGUCAGGCUAAGAUGAGGCCUUAUUUUAACUGUGAAUAUGAAGGGGUGUGACCCAAAUGGCACUCUAUUCCCUAAAUAGUGUACUACUUUUGACCAAAAGUAGUGGACUAUAUAGGGAAUAGGGUGCCAUUUUGGACACCGCAAGGACACAUGAGUCACCAUGUCCCUUUCCCCAGACCCAUAGACCAACAGACAGAGAGAGGGCUCAGGCAGCUAGCUACCCAUCCUAGUAUAGGCCCACUAAUUGUGCUAACGAAGGACCACAGGGUACUCAUUCCCCUUGAAAUGUCAGGGUUGAUGACGGUCCGUUUCUCAAUGCACAAAACAGUUCACUCUCGCACACUACUGUCAACAUGGAAGUUUGAUAGUUUAAUACAGUACACAUGAAAAACAAAUGAGCAGACAUUAUUACACAACCGGAGAGAGGCUGGGGAGUGGUAAAAGCACUCUCCAGCCUAGCAGCCAAAGUCAAAAGUUGUGUUAUAUUUUUAAGUAUUGCAUUGCUGGAGAAAAGCAGGGUAUUGGGUUGAUCUGAUAGAAAAGGGAGGCAAAAUCACUAAAACAGUAGCUCUCCUAAACCUCUUCAUCCCGGUCCAGAGAAAGAAUACCACAUCUAAAUCUCUUUAAUUAAACUUUUGGCUUCUUACUCAGUCUUUUCUUUUAAGCAUUUAAUCAGAUUGUACUGUGGGGGGAGAUGGUGGCAGUCUCUAUUCGUAAUGAAAGAAUGACUCUCUCACAAACUUGAUUUCCCCAUUGUGCCAGAGUGUGCAACGAAAGGAUAAGGACUUAAUUCUGCUCUGUGCAUGAGAGGACCCCAAGCUUAACGCUUAACAAAGGAAUUAAAACACCAAUGACCACUAAUUCAUCAUGUCAGUUACUGUACAGUCUCACUGGCUAGUUUUCCAUGAAUUAAUCAAUUGCCCAUCAUGUUCUAUACUAAAACAUUAGCAUGCUAAAGUGUGUUAGGAGUUCAGAGGAAGUAAUCCAGUGAGGUGGUGACGGUGUGGUCAAUGGGGUAGCGCUGCUUAUGCCGAGCAGCGACUGCUAGCGAAGCUCUUAAGAAGACUGUAGUCACGACAGAGAAGCAGAACACGGGUCCCCACAGGGAGGAUGUGCUCAUUGCUAACCUGUCAGACACUGUUAUUUACUGAUGCCUUCACAGCCUCCCAGUCACCUGUAAAUUACCCCCCUGCUGGUGACUAGGGGUGCGUCCCAAAUGGCACCCUAUUCCCUAUAUAGUGCACUUCUGUUGACCAGAACCCUGUGAGUAGUGCAGUAUAUAGGGAAUAAGGUGCUGUUUGGGACACAAUCUAGCUCCCUGGGUACAGCUCAUUACACUAUGUCCCUGUCCUUGCCCUCCCCUGAACACCGCUCAAUUCUAAUAAUGCUCUCAUUUCACCCAGGCAGUGCAACAUGUCAUUAAAAUAUGGCCCUGUUGUCAAAGAGAGGAAGCAGAAUGUCAGUAAUGUAAAGGGAUGGGUUCUACUGUGAGACUGGAGCUGACUGUCUCUUCCAAAACACAGACAGACAGAGCUAGAGCUCCAAAGAGCUUUAGUUCCCUGAUCCGCCAGGGACUAUGUUAUUAAAAGGUCUUUAUUGCAGACUCCCAGGCUGGAACACUGAGGGAGUGUUAAGGUUUACUUUAGAGGAUUUGGUUUCUUUGUCAUCUUGGCUCAGCGCAUGUGAUUUCCAGUAGGAAAUAGUAUUGCGGUUAUCUGCUUCAAUCACACAUCAUGCAUUAUUAUGCUGGGUACAUGCUGCAGUACAUUGUAAGAGACAGUGCUGUUCUGUAGCACAAUACAAUACUUGCUUUAUUGGUCCAUUUGCACAGAUAGACUAUUCUUUAUUUAGUACCCAACCUGACACACAACACGCACAUCACAGGCUGGGAGCAGCACACUAAUUCUCUGCCAUAGUGCUGUGCUCUUUUCAAAUGGCAAGAUUCUUCUCUACUUUAUAUUUUGAUGAUUUGAAGGCAGUUUUCAUUACAGCAUGGUUAAUGUGAUAUAUAAUUAAUCCUCACUAGUUAAACUACUGUAGUACACAGCUGUUAUUUACGAUGACAUAACAGUUCAUAUAAGUUAAUGGACCAAUAAAAAUGGACCAGUGAAAAGUUUUACUUUAGAUCUACUUUUGGCCCUAAUGUAUUAUUCACUGGACCCUUUUUAAUUCCACUGCACAUUUACCUUUUACAAUUCAGACUUUUACAGUUCUAAUAGGGUGCCAAGACCAUAAACAUUUACAGUGUACUUAUGUAUGUAUAAAUAACAUUUAGGCUCUGGUAAAACCAUAGUAUCUCAAUGUUUUGAUUCAUAGCCUAUAGAGAAAGAGACCGCCUCUCGUAUGAAGGCGUGUGACUACAGUUGAGCUGUUAUUUGUUUUAGCGACAGCUUUGACAUUUUGAGGAAGUUCCUUUUCUCUUCGUGUGACAGAGGCAGCCUGGGCACCAUAGGGACGGAGAUGCAUGCAGUGCUGCCUCACAUGGGUUGUCACACAGAGAGAGUGUGUGUGUGGCCUAAAUCUGUAAAACCAGAGGAUACUGUUCUGUAGGGAGCGGAUUUGGCUUGAUUGGAUAGAGAAGGACCUCAUCCUUCUUGAUCAGUGACUAUGGGGCGUUCUCUCUCUCUCUCCCUCCUUCCUCACUCUAAUUCUCUCUCUGAUGUUUUCUAAAUGUCAUGAACUAUAAUUCCAUAAACAUUGCAGUAUGUGUUCUUGUGUUCACAGAAGUUGAAUUGUUAUUCCUAAUUUUUGGACUGAUUCAUUCAUGUCACAUGUCCAGGACUAGUACUUUGAACUUCCUCUUCUGCUGUUUUGCUGCUGGUCGCUCAGACCCUCUUUGUCAAGGCUUCAUUGUAUUAUUAAUGCAAGCUUCCUGUCCAGGGGUUGUACUUGUACAUCAAAAACCUGCCUCAUGCUACAGAAACAGGAGAUAGGCUGGACAAGGCGUAUCUAUACCUGUGAGCCAGUGCUGAUCAUGUCCUCAUGGUUGUGUCAUGGUUACAGAUCUACCCUGACCCAGAGCUGGAGCAGCAGAUCCUGGCUCUGCCCAUCCGCUGCAUCCACAGUGAGGAAGGCUGUCGCUGGACCGGACAGAUGAAGCAGCUCCAGGUCAGUAGCUGCCUGCCUGGCUUUCUAACCCUUUUUACCCCCCCCCCCCCCCCCCCCCCCCCCCCCCCAAAUCUCUCCCUCAUCCUCUCCCUCUCUCAUCCUGUCUAAGAUACCUUUUUUGUGACCAUAGCCCUGUGUCUCGUGCCUCCAGUGUGUUGUGUUAUCUGCUAGCGGAGGCCUGGUUAAAUGCUAAAUGCAGGCUGAGAGAGCGUGUCGGUGUCUGGCUGCUGACACAUCCCCCCCCCCGUCUCCCUCCGUCUCCCUCAGGGUCACUUCUCCACCUGCGCCUUCAAUGUGAUCCCCUGCCCCAACCGCUGCUCCAUCAAGCUGACGCGCCGUGACCUGCCCGACCACCUGCAGCACGACUGCCCCAAGCGCAAGGUCAAGUGCGAGUUCUGCGGCAGUGAGUUCACCGGGGAGGCCUAUGAGGUAAACAACAACAAGCAGAGACCUAUUUUUUCUUUUUUUUACAGAGUAGCACUUGCAAGUAAACAACCUGGUUAAGGCCACAUUUUUCACUGAGUGAAUAGCAAUCUUUGUAGUGUCUACUCCAGGAAGCCAAGUAUGUAAAUGACGCUCGCUUUCGAUGGUAGCAGUGUAUUUAGAAAUAACACUUGUGUUGGCGUGAGGGGAGAGAGGUAGAACUGUGCACCUUUCAUGUGUUUUUCUCUCCGUACAGGAGAAGUGGUGCCUCAGGGUUAAAGUUAGCCUCUCUCACUAACACCUCUGUUACUGUUUACAGGCUGCCCCUCCUCUGUUUAUACAGGCCCAAUGUGGCCUUUCCACCAUAACAGAAUCAUUAAUAUGGCUCCAGCUUUUUAUAGGAUAAUUAUUUGUUCAUUUUCAGUGGCAGUGAGAUCAUAGAAUUACUGAAUACCAAUAACUUUUUUUUUAUCUGACCAAUUGUGACCCUCCACCUCGAUUCGGUCUUAUGUAUCAACAUUAGAAAUUGUGUUUUUUACGUUGGAUGAAAAUUGUAUAUCAUACACUGCAGUUGAGGAACAAUGGGAAAGUAAUUCUGCUUUGAAAGUUGAUCAACUUGUAACCCCACUUUUGAGAAAAUGGCCCUUGAAUGUUUUGGUACACCUACUGGAGAGCUCUUCUUUGACUACACCCAUUCAGCAUCGUUCACACCCUCUUAAGCCUUAGCCUCACCCAUAUCUUAAAGGAUUCACAUGUGCUAAACAGAGUGAGCUAAACAAUGAACCAUAAUAAUAAUAAUAAUAAUAAUAAUAAUAAUAAUAAUAAUAAUAAUAUUGUCAGAGGAAGGCCCUAAAAAUUGUCAAAGACUCCAGCCACCCUAGUCAUAGACUGUUCUCUCUGCUGCCGCACGGCAAGCGGUACCGGAGCACCAAGUCUAGGUCCAAAAGGCUUCUUAACAGCUUCUACCCCCAAGCCAUUAGACUCCUGAACAGCUAAUCAAAUGGCCACCCAGACUAUUUACAUUGUUAUUUUACUCUUGCUCUUUACCUACCACUUAUUUUUCUUAAAACUGCAUUGUUGGUUAAGGGUUUGUAAGUAAGCAUUUCACUGUAAGAUCUACACCUGUUUGUAUUCGGCACGUGUGACAAAUACAAUUUGAUUUGACCUGUGUGUGUGUCCUGUCUUCUCUCCCAGAACCACCAGGGUAUCUGUCCCCAGGAGAGUGUGUACUGUGAGAAUAAGUGUGGAGCGCGGAUGAUGCGCCGGCUCCUGUCCCAGCACAGUCUGGCUGAGUGUCCCAAACGCACGCAGCCCUGCAAGUACUGUGGCAAGGAGUUUGUCUUCGACACCAUCCAGGUCAGUCAACAACACCAACACACCUCCUCUGACCGAACAAGCUCUAGGACUUCUUCCUUCCCUACAUUCUCCUGCAUGUCUUGUUUUACAAUCAUAUUUGUCAUCACUUGAUUAAUGGGUACAUUUUAUUUUCCAUCAAUGUAGUAUUUGUAUUACUGCUUGGAAGGCCAGACCUAAAUUAGUGCCCAAACUCCGACCUGUGUGAAUGAAGUGUUUUGAAGGUUUAUUCCAGAGGUUUGUUAUGAGUCCUUCCCCUAUUUCACUGUGUGUGAUAAAGGAACAGUGCAGUCUCAGUCCUGGAUGAAGGAGGGUUCUCAGUCUCUGUAGAGCGGGAUGGCACUGGGCCCACGGCUGCAUGAACACUGGCUUUCAUGGUGCCACCUUCUCUGUGCCAGCCCGAUGUGUGUGCCUGCUGCUGUUUGUGCUGGCAGUGCCUGUGUCUGCACACAUCCUGUCCUCAGGCCCAGCGGCCGGCCAGCCACUCGCACUCUCCUCUCAUACCCACAGUUUAUUCAUUAUGUCUCCCUUUCAGAGCACAUGCUUUAUGAUGCAGAGAUCAGCUCUGUAAUCAACUCGUUUAUCCCAUUCAUACAUUUUAAUAGACAGCCAUUUGUUCAAUAUGAUACACAACGUUUGUUAAUCACUCAUACAGUGAUUCUGCUGUGAAUAGUGCUUCAUGUUAUCUUGUCGAUGCUAUUUCUCUUAAUCGGUGGCAAAGAUGCUUGCAUGAUAUACCGAGCGCAUUUUGUUUGAUAAAAAAAUUCUGAUCCUGGCUGUCUAAAUCUGGCACAGUUACAGAAAUGUUGAUUUUCUAUGUCAAAUGAAUGUAAUAAAUUAAAGAAUAAAUUAAAUGACUUUUUUCUACCCUCCAGAACCAUCAGUACCACUGCCCUCGGUUUCCAGUCGCAUGUCCAAACCAGUGUGGCACCCCCAACAUCGCCCGGGAGGACUUGGCCAAUCACGUGAAGGAGAACUGUGGCAGUGCCCCCAUCCUCUGCCCCUUCAAAGAUGCCGGCUGCAAACACAGGGUAAGGCUGACCUGCUGCGCUCGAGCUGCUUUUUCAUUACUUCAGACUCUGAAAGAGAAACUUUGAUUCUAGCUUCUUGCAAGAGGCAGAGUUUUAUUUUUCAUUACUGCCCACUGCUUUAUUGACGUCAAGUUUUAUCAUUUUUCCACUCUCGGGUUGUUUUUUGUGCAUGUUUCCAAAAUUAUAUUUGGAUUAUUAUGCUUCAUGCUCCAGUUGCGUUGAAACCCAGUAACUUAUGUCCAAAGCGAUGAUUGUCUCCAACAUACAGCGCUUUCUGCCCGUCCGUGCCUCUACGCUCUAUUUUAAUGAGAGUCACACAUCUCCUCUGCUCUGACAGCGCAUUUUAGUCUAUUUUUGAAACUGACGUCAAUCUGAGAAAAUGUGGAGAGCUCCCAGAGUCAGAGCAGAUAGGUUUCAUUGUUUGUGUUGUCAGCUUCUGUCCUUCUGUUUGGAAAGCUCAGUCCAUAGCAAUGCAGAUGGUCUGACAAAAAUACAUGAAUGACUCUCUCCCCGACCGCGAAGGCAUCAGGCAACAGAAUACAACCAAGCGUGCAGAUGUUCAGUACACCAAACACAAGUUUGUAUGGCAGGGCUCCCAAAAGAGCAGCUGAUCAGCAGACGGACACAACAUUCACUUACUGUAGGAGGCUUGAAUGUGAAACACAAACAGACAAAACAAUCUAGUGUUCUGUGCAUACUCUACCACAUUAUUAAAUCCAACACAUUUCUAUACUGAGUUUGUACUAUACAAAGUUUCACCCUCCUUGCUACACACAGUGAUUGACCUCUCCCUAACCAGUCUCUCCUCUCUCUUUGCAGUGCCCAAAACUGGCGAUUGGGCGUCACCUGGAGGACACGACCAAGGCCCACCUGACCAUGAUGUGCAGCCUGGUGGGGCGCCAGCGGCAGGAGAUCCUGGAGCUGCGGAGGGAGAUGGAGGAGCUGUCAGUCAGCAACGAUGGAGUGCUCAUCUGGAAGCUCAGCGACUACUCCCGUAAACUCCAGGAGGCCAAGCUCCGGAACAACCAUGAGUUCUUCAGCCCGCCCUUCUACACCCAUCGCUACGGCUACAAGCUGCAGGUGUCUGCGUUUCUCAACGGUAACGGCAGUGGGGAGGGCUCGCACCUGUCCAUCUACAUCCGGGUGCUGCCGGGGGAGUACGACAACCUGCUCGAGUGGCCCUUCUCCUACAAGGUGACCUUCUCCAUCAUGGACCAGAGCGACCUGUCGCUGUCCAAGCCCCAACACAUCACAGAGACCUUCAACCCUGACCCCAACUGGAAGAACUUCCAGAAGCCGUGCAGCACCCGCAACUCGCUGGAUGAGAGUACCCUGGGCUUCGGCUACCCCAAGUUCAUCUCCCACGAAGAGAUCAAGAAGAGGAACUAUGUCCGAGACAACUCCAUCUUCCUCAAGGCUUCCAUAGAGAUCCCGCAGAAGAUCAUGGCCUGAGGGAGAGCUGGUUUUGGUUUAUCAGGAGGGAAGGGAGGGUGAAAGACAGGCUUGAGACUGAUAUGACAUUUACCUUGAGAACUUCACCACACUUAUCCUUUAGACACUGACUGACUGUCCAUAUCCAUAUAGCCACUCCAGUGUAGGAGCUUCUAGUCUGUUGGGUUGUGUUGGAGGACUGGAGGACCCCGCUAUAUUUAAAUGGAUGAGAAUGCUAAGGGUUAGGUCUGCCGAAACCAUCACUCUCUGAUUCUUAUUUGUAAAUGUUUGUUUUCUAAAAAAAUUCUUCUCAAUCUGCAGAAAAAAGCCUUGGAAAUCAACAGUGCCUAGAGAGUUUAUUUAAAGUUAUAUUUUGUUGUUUUUCUGCAGCACAG